GCAACAAUCAUAACCUCAAAUAAAAAAUGGUUCGUCGGCUUUGUCAGUAAAGUGAAAGUGAACGUUAUAAUUAAUUUUCUCACUAAAAUUGGAAAUAAUCUUUACAAUAUUAUCUUCUGACCUUAAUGUUUACAUGUUUUCGAAUUACCAAGUAUAUAGGAGGUAUUUAAGUAACAUGCACUGAGCCACUAGUAGUUAAGGUAAACAAUCCAAACCGAACAUCUUAUCCAUGAAUUAUCUCCUGCGGAAACAAUAAAUUUCAAUCAAUCCUGGCCGUAUCCCAUAAUGCAGCAGGAUGAUUAGCGCAACCAAGACAGAGGCUGAACUGAUAAACCAAAUUUAUAUGGACACUGCACAGAAUUAUCACUAAGUGUAACUUUCGAAUGUCGUAUGAUGGAUCUGAAGGAUCUUCUCCAGGAACUAACGCAAUGUUCUCAUUCAGGAGACACAGCCUCAGUAAAAAACAAAAACGACAAGAAAGAAAAAGAAGUUGAGCAUUUUCUGCAAUUCUACAAGUCUUUGAAAGAUGAUGGUGAAGAAUCCACGGAUAAAACCUAUUCAGAAAUUCCCAAAUUUUACUUCAAGCUCCCAAAAGAAAACGAAAUUUUUCUACAAAAACUCAGAGAGGAAGCCAGAGCAUUUUCGCUUCAGAGACGCAGCUUUGGGCUUCUUGAUAAUAAUGAUUUAAAGGCUCUGUGGGCUCUCCUAGACAAAUAUCAUUCGCCACCAAUUGUGAGUGAGGAGCAGUUCAUAAAUUAUGAUGAUUUCAAAAAGGUGGCUGCCCAUGCUGAUCCAAAAUGCAGAAAAUAUUUCACUCCAAGUGUGUUCGCCAAGCUGCAACAUGGAGACAUCUACGGUCGUGUGAGCAUCAUGGCUCUUUUCAACUACAUCAUGCGCAAAGUCUGGCUUCAUCAGACGCGCAUUGGACUUUCUCUCUACGAUGUUACCGGACAGGGAUUUCUCAGGGAAGUUGAUUUAGAAAACUAUAUUUUAGAGUUGAUACCCACACUACCUCAGUUAGACGGCCUGGAGAAAUCGUUCCACAGUUUUUAUGUUUGCACCGCAGUAAGGAAGUUUAUAUUCUUUCUAGAUCCCUUACGCACAGGGAAGGUUCGCAUUCAGGAUAUCUUGGCUUGUAGUUUUCUGGACGAUCUACUGGAGUUGAGAGAUGAAGACCUGCCAAAAGAUUCCUUAGAAGCAAAUUGGUUUUCAGCGACCUCUGCCUUGCGUGUGUAUGGACAGUAUCUCAAUUUAGACAAGGACCAUAAUGGGAUGUUGAGCAAGGAAGAACUUGCUGGGUACGGAACAGGGACGCUAACGUCGAUUUUCAUUGACCGCGUUUUCCAAGAGUGCUUGACGUACGAUGGUGAGAUGGACUACAAGACUUACCUAGAUUUUGUCCUCGCUUUGGAGAAUCGACAAGAGCCACAGGCACUACAGUAUCUUUUCAGGAUCCUUGAUAUCAACAAUCAAGGGUAUUUGGAUACCUUCUGCCUCAAUUAUUUUUUCAGGGCAAUUCAACAGCAAAUGAAUGAACACAAACAAGACCCUGUAUCAUUUCAAGACGUCAAGGACGAAAUUUUCGACAUGACAAAACCGGCUGACCCUACAAAAAUAACACUUCAAGAUCUCUUGAAUAGUGGACAAGGCGAAACGCUUGUAAGCAUCCUCAUCGACCUGAAUGGUUUCUGGACUUACGAAAACCGAGAAGUCAUGGUUUCAGAAACGGUGGAGGAGUCAGCCAAAGUCUAAACUUAUUUCCUGUGAUCUUUGUUUUAUGUAAGUAAAUUUUAAUUAUGAGUAAAACCUGUUCAGUAGAUACACAUGAUCUCAUUUUGUAUAGUUACAAGUUAAGGUAUUUCAAUAAAGUAGCAAAUAUUCUUCAAAAAA